AUGACGCUGCCGAUGUUGCGGGAUGAAGCCUUUGCCGCCGAGGCCACGAUGAUGGAGACCGGCUACGCAUGCCGUGACAUCCUGUUCUUCUGGGUAGCCCGCAUGGUGAUGAUGGGACUCACUCUCACAGACAAGGCUCCCUUCAAGGAGAUCUACCUCCAUGGCUUGGUCAGGGACGAGAAGGGCCAGAAGAUGAGCAAGACGAAAGGCCGGUUUUCGGUGAACGAGGAUGGGGGCCGCCUCGCAUCGCUGGACAAUCUGGACAUGAAUACAAUGGUGACAUCGUACUGA